AAAUCGAGGGAAACUGCUAUAAAUUCUUCGUUUCUCAAGUCAAAUGGGACAACGCCCGGAGCACAUGUCUUGAACAGGGAGGAGAUCUAGCCCUUCCUACCAGUCAAACAAAUGCUCUUAUCAGCAAAUUUGCCCGUAAUGGAGGCUCGCAACAAACCUGGAUUGGCAUUUUUAGGUAAGGCUUGUAUAUAUGGAAAUGAAACAGAUUAUCCAAUAUUCUGAAAAAUUAACUGCGCGAUAAUCUCAUGCAAUGAUAUAGCUACAAUAUUUAUACCAGUUAUUUCGAACUUUGUUAUUCACGCAACACUAAAUCAGCCAAAAAGUUAUUUUAUUGAAAGAAAUGUUUUUUAAAAACCUUUUACACAAAAUAAAUGAAUAAAUUAAAAUGCGUUCAAAUUCAAUCAGAAAUAUCUACAAAAAGCAAGCGCGUUUAGUCAAGUUUUAAUUUCAAUAUCAUAUGACCACAGAAAAUAUAUACAUUGUGACGACAAGCAAGACCAGGAAGAUUUUAACCAAUUUACUCAAAACUUACCGUACUGUUCAGUAAGUUACUGUGAGCGGCUUUUUCCUCUUUUUAGGCGAUAUGAUAAACGUUUUAUCAACGUUGAAGGAAGAGAUCAAGUCUACACCAACUGGAAUAGCGGAGAGCCAAACAACAGUGGUGGAAACGAAAACUGUGUUGUCAUGUAUACAAACACUGCCGGAUGGAAUGAUGCGAGCUGUAGUAGUAGCCAUGAUUUUGUCUGUGAAAUCAAACUUUGAUGAUGUUAUGAGUUAUUUGCAGUAAUAAUAAAAUCCUGAUUUAAU